CGUUAGGAAAUCGGAAUUCGCCUAAUCGCCUGUACAUUUGUGAUACAUCUUUGUUAGCAGACUGCGUGAAAAAACUGGAAUUAGUGUGGAAAACAUAGUUUAUUGAAACCCAUCAACGGCAAACACAAUAUUCCGAGGACAAAUCACCAUUAUUCAUUGAUUUUGAGUUGUGAAAAUCGCAACCAGAACUGAAACGGGGCGAAAAAGUUUGCUGGAAGUCCCAAUUGCAGGCCAGGGAAAAGUGAAGCUGCGACGCAAAAGGCGUCGAAAAAUUGCAAACCAAGUUUCAACCCGGCAAGUCACCGAUUUAAGCAGUUCAACUGUCGAAAAGGAAAAAUUAAGAAAAAUCACAGAUUUUAAGGAUCGCGAUAUAGAACACACACUCGAAUAAAAAUAAUCAUGGUGCACACUGGCAUUUCACUGAACGAGCGCUUCACGCAGAUGCAGACGCAGAAGCCGCAGCCGCAGGGACGCGGACGUAGCCGCUCCAGAAGCAGGAGCCGCCGCAUUGUGGACAGUAACGCCGGGAGUCCGGGAGUUUCGGCGGCCAAUUCCCGCUUGCUGCAGGAGUUCAAGCGUCGGCACACCGUCCAGACGGCCCUCAAGCUGAAGCGCAGAAGCUUACGGAACACGGCCGUGAUCGGACGCGGAGUACGCGUCGGUGGCGUGAAGUCGAUGCGCCUGGCGCCCAAUGGAAAGCCCAUUCGGUCCAACAACGUGACCCGGGUAGCAACGAUGCGCGCCGAUCUCGUGGCCAAUGGCAAUAUUGGCCGGAAUCGUCGCAGCGGCAGCGCCAACCGCCGUUUACCCGCUUCUGGCGGAGGCGGUGGCGGUGGACUCCGUCAGCGGCUGGGACAACGCCGGCCCUCUGUAGGCGGCGCUGCAGAGCGCGUCGAGCGCCGUCAGCGACAGCAGCAGCAGCAGCAGCAACAGCAGACAUUACGCGGACGCUCUCGUUCAAGAUCCCGUUCUAGGCUGCCGCAGGCGCCGCGGGUAGAAAGGGGUCGUUCCCAGAGCCGUGGACGCAGCAGUGCUGGGCGUUCCCAGAGCCGCAAUCGCGGUAACAAUCGCGACCGCUCCGCCCAGGGGCGUGUCCCGGUCAAGCAGCGUCUUUCGGUCAAGUACCGUUUGGGUGUGCGUCCCGGUCAGUCAAAUCAAACUAAGAACCCAAGACAGCAGAGGGCAUCAAGCCAGCUUCGGGGCGUGGCCGGUGGACGGGUCGAGAAGCGUCGCAACGGCCAGAACACCCAGAAAAAGGGUAUAUCCGCCUCACUCGCUGGACGUCGGGGACCACAACGCGGAAGAUCUGCUACCAGGAAUUCUGCUGCUGCUGCUAAGGGUGGCGGUGCUGGUGCUGGCUCCGCCCCCGCCUCCGCGCGGCGCUCACGCUCUCGCAAUCGCGCUGCUGCUGUAACUGCUGCCGCUGUCGCUGCCGUUGCUACCACAUCGGGCCGCCGGGCCAAGCCUCGCCAGCGACGUGGACGCAGUGCGGCCGCUGCCAAGGGCAACAACAACAACUCUAAUAACAACAAGAAUAGCAACAGAAAUGGUAACACCAACAAGAAUGGCAAGGGAAAGGCGGCCAAUAAAGGGAAACAGGGCCCGGGACCGCAGCAACAGGCUCGCCGGGGACGCAGUCGUAGUCGCAAGCCGUCCACAGGCAAAGCCCAGCGACCAGAAGUGAAACGCGAAGAUUUGGACAAGGAGCUGGAUGUGUACAUGUCCACAACCAAGUCAGAGAUGGAUUACCUGCUAAAGUAAACUGAAACCGGUGGAUCAGAGAAGUGAGCCACUCGGAAAAGCGAGUGGAACUUCGAGAAGGAAGAAUGCAACCACCGGAUAUUAGGCAGACUAUGUUUCUCUUAGCAUUAAGUUUUCGCAUAGUUAAUAGUUAUAUAUUUAAGCAGAUCCAUUCUAACAUUUAGUGCUCUCGGAGCGCGCUUUUACUGAUGUUUUUGCGAACAAUCUUGAAGUUUCCGUGUACAUACAAUAUGGCAAGCUCUCACACUGAAAGUAAAUCUAGCCAAGAUCAAUGAUAUUGUUAAUCGCCUUUCCCGAAAUACAAAUUAAUCAUUGUCCAAACUAAGAAAUCAAA